GUCUGAGCCUCGGGGAGGGAGACAGAUGGGGGUACAGCCCUCCCCCUUCCUCGCGACUCUGGGAAGGUCAGGGAGGGCAGGCGGGGCGCGUUCUUGUAGCCCAGCCUCACUGGCCACUCGGUCCCCACCUGAAACCCCGCCUGCCACUCCGCCUCAGCCGAGCCAAUCAACGCCUAAUCUGCCCAGAACGAGGCGGGGCUUAUGCAAAUCGUGUCGCCUCCGACAGACGCAUAGUGAUACAAGAGCUGGGAGGCGGCUCCGGCGCGGACCUUGGAGAACCUGGCGGCCGGCCCGCGAGCCAGUCUCGGUCCCCACGGCCCGCCGAGGCUCAGAGUCAUCCAGCGACCCGGCGCUCGGCCUCAGGCCCUGCCAUGGGGAAGACCAACAGCAAGCUGGCCCCAGAGGUGCUGGAAGACCUGGUUCAGAACACCGAGUUCAGCGAGCAGGAGCUGAAGCAGUGGUACAAGGGCUUCCUGAAGGACUGCCCCAGCGGCAUCCUCAAUCUGGAGGAGUUCCAGCAGCUCUACAUCAAGUUCUUCCCGUACGGCGACGCCUCCAAGUUUGCGCAGCACGCUUUCCGCACCUUCGACAAGAAUGGCGACGGCACCAUCGAUUUCCGGGAGUUCAUCUGUGCCCUUUCGGUCACCUCCCGCGGCAGCUUCGAGCAGAAACUCAACUGGGCCUUUGAGAUGUACGACUUAGACGGCGACGGGCGCAUCACGCGCCUCGAGAUGCUGGAGAUCAUCGAGGCUAUCUACAAGAUGGUGGGCACCGUGAUCAUGAUGCGCAUGAACCAGGAUGGGCUCACACCCCAGCAGCGUGUGGACAAGAUCUUCAAGAAGAUGGACCAGGACAAGGAUGACCAGAUUACACUGGAGGAGUUCAAGGAGGCGGCCAAGAGUGACCCGUCUAUUGUGCUGCUGCUGCAGUGUGACAUGCAGAAGUAGAGGCUGGUGAGGGGCAGGGCCCCUGGCCAGGAGGGGCGUGGCCACCUCCCAACCCAGUGACCUCUCUGGCUGGCCCUUCCUAGGGGGAGGGGGACUCCAGCCUCACUCUCUGGCCCACCCACCCCUCUGCCCAAGCCCUUGCUCCCCUCAGUCAAGAUCCUUGAGGGACCACCUCACCCUGGAAUCGAGACAGAUCCUCAGGUAUCCUAUGGUCCAGCCCCAGCCCCAGUCUUGGCCCACAACUACCAUCUACUGGGCAUAGGGGAGUUUUUGCCCCAAAGUGUAGGGUAAAGGAGGGGGGGCUGGGUUCUGCUGUGAAAUUCUGUUCUUCCUGGGAUUGUGCUUUAUAGGAUGUGGUCCCACAGACCUCAGUUAAAGGGCCAAAUUGGGUCUGUCCUUUGCUGAGGACCCAGAUCCCUUCAAGGUGGUCUGUGCCCUCCCCCCACAAUUCUACCUGGCCCCUCCGGCCCCCGCCUUUGGAGUGUUCAUUCAGUCCUUUCUUCAGCUAACCUUUAUCAAGCACCUGUUCAAGGCCAGGCACCUCUAGGUGCUAAGGCUGUGGUAGUUUACAAGACACAUUCUGUGCCCUCUGGCAGCUCAUAGGUAGUGGUCAGGGUCUCAGACAGGGAUGUCAAACAUGGGUGAGUAGAGGAUGCAGUCAGGCUGGUUAGUUUGAGAAGAACUAUUACAUCUUUCCCUUCGGCUUCAUGCAGAGCUAUAGGAGGAUGAAAUGAGAAGUGUUUGGAAGUCUAAGAACCGUGUCAGUGGAAGUUUUAAGAAAAACUGAAAUUUAUGUAAUCCUUAUUUUUAUAGUACCCUUUUAAAAGAACUAAAAUCCUUUAUUCAUUGAGGAUAUUAAACAUACUUUAUAUUACUGGGUUUCUUGUAAAAUGAUUAAAUGAAUAUGGAAAAUGCUAAUUUUCAGGGGGAAAAAAAGAGCUGA